GAUCGUGUGAAAUUUACUAUUUUUAAAUUUGCCUUGUAUCGAUAUAUAAUAACAGAUAAAUAUCAAAAAUGUAAAUAAAUUGUUUAAGUAACUGAUAUAUGUCGAUUUCUGGACUAUACGCGUUUAAGCGACCAAAACAAGCAGAGGACAGAAGAAUGGCCGCCAUACGAAAGAAGUUGGUUAUAGUUGGGGAUGGUGCUUGCGGAAAAACCUGCCUUUUAAUUGUGUUUAGUAAAGAUCAAUUCCCAGAAGUUUACGUACCAACUGUGUUCGAGAACUAUGUUGCUGAUAUUGAAGUAGAUGGUAAACAGGUGGAGUUGGCGCUGUGGGAUACAGCUGGGCAGGAGGAUUACGACAGACUGCGUCCCCUCUCCUACCCAGACACAGAUGUCAUUCUCAUGUGCUUCUCUAUCGACAGUCCCGACAGCUUGGAAAACAUCCCCGAGAAGUGGACGCCCGAGGUGAAACACUUCUGUCCGAACGUCCCCAUCAUCCUCGUCGGCAACAAGAAAGAUACGCGUAACGAUGAAGCCACCCGACGUGAACUUAUGAAAAUGAAACAAGAGCCUGUUCGUCUAGAAGAUGGGCGAACGAUGUCAGAACGCAUAGCAGCAUUCUGCUACCUGGAAUGUUCGGCUAAAACAAAGGAAGGUGUUCGGGAAGUGUUUGAGCAAGCAACCAGGGCGGCUUUGCAAGUGGAGUUGGCGCUGUGGGAUACAGCUGGUCAGGAAGAUUACGACAGACUGCGUCCCCUCUCCUACCCAGACACGGAUGUCAUUCUCAUGUGCUUCUCUAUCGACAGUCCCGACAGCUUGGAAAACAUCCCUGAGAAGUGGACACCCGAGGUGAAACACUUCUGUCCGAACGUCCCCAUCAUCCUCGUCGGCAACAAGAAGGAUACGCGUAACGACGAGAACACCAAGCGAGAGUUGAUGAAAAUGAAGCAGGAGCCAGUCCGUACGGACGAGGGAAGAAGCAUGUCGGAAAAAAUCAAUGCUUUUAGCUAUCUAGAGUGUUCAGCCAAAACCAAGGAGGGCGUUCGUGAGGUGUUCGAAACUGCCACCCGUGCCGCUCUACAGGUGAAAAAGAAGAAGGGCAGGGGGUGUCAGCUGUUAUAAUGAUUGGUGCGAGCGUAUUUGGAAUGGUUGGCCUGACUGGUGAAUGGAGCUGGUGUGAGCAGAGACAUGUUUUCACUGUGCAAUUGGCUUGUAUUAUGUGACUCUGUGAACCUAUAGAAGUGACAUCUUUCAUCUACCUGUAGUUAAGACCAAGACCUGUGACAAUAUGUCAAUUAACUAAAGCACCACAGCUUAUGAUGUCUGUUGGAUAUUUUCUAGCAAAUAAUUGCUCUGUUAUGAAAUUUCUUUCUGUUAACAUACAAACAUCUUGACAUUAGAACUGUUAAAAUAUUCCAUCAAUUUUCUUUCUUUUUUUUGUCGAAAGGGAAUCUAUUAAUUGCCACUGUUGUCAUUAGUAAAUCUGCGAUUUAAAGAAAGAGCCAUAGAAUGUAACAUUUUCACUUUCACUCAGAAAAUGGUCAGAAAUUGAACUGUUAAUGAAUCGGCAGACACCUGUUCAUCCAUUAUAAUUUUUGGUCUGUGUUAACUUUCUUAUUUCGUAUGCAGAAAGUGAGUGAUGAAUUCACCAUUGAGCACACGCCAUUGCUAUAAUAUGUUGCCAUCUCCAGAAUUCACAUUGUGUGGCUGUUUGCACGAACAAAAUAUGAGGCAUGUUAGACAUAUAAUUAUAGAAUGCAACAAUUAGUAUCGGCUUCAUUUCAUGACGCAUAUCCAUUUGGAUAGUCUUGUUCAUUUUAUAGUUCUUAAAUAUUAAGAACACCUUUCUUAAUUUAAAAUAUACUUUAAACAAAAGUAAAAAAAGCCAUUCCUCCUUGUUAAAAUGAAAAAGUUUAUGAAGCUUUAACACUAAACACAAGUGAGCAUCAAAAGUGCAAAUGAUAGACGGUGCUAAACCGUAAGCCAGAAUGUGUGUGUCUUGUAUUUAAUUUAACUGUAAAAUAGUGAGAAAGCAGUGUUCUUAUUGCUGCUAAGCUGUAUCUGCUAAAAAUGUUGUAGAUAAGUUUGAUGGAAGAGUGUAAUUGAUUCUUAAUAUACACAAACUUUCUUAGUUCAUAAGUUUAUUAAUCUAUUCUGUUUAUUGUAUUCAUUUAACUUUCAUGUACCGUAAUGUUUAUGUAACUGUACUUUCUAACCCGUGCCUGUGUUCAAUGGCACAAAUUACAAAAAGAUGUAUUUUUUGUGAUAAUCAGUUCUAUAUAUAUCUGGUAAUCUUCAUGCUUCCUGCAAUAUUGUUUUUGUAUAGCUCAUACAGUACAAACGUGGGAGCAUUUCCUUACAAAUACAUGUAUUACGAUAUUUACUGUUGGUUGUGGAAGAUAAGUAUGCUGCCUAUGUAUGCUACAAAUUAUCCAUUAUUUUAUUAGUGUAUUUUGGUUAAAUCUGCUGUAAUUUUACUUUGAAUAUGUAAGUUUUCUUUGAUAAGUUUUUGGCAUGCAAAUUGCUGAAGAAUUAAUAGGGUGUUUUAGUUUUAAAAUAAUUCCUUGUUUGGAAUCAUAAUUAUUACUACAAUUUAAAUGCACAACUCAGAAUUAUCAAACAUUAAAGAAUUACGUUAACAUUUUUUAUACAGAUAAUUUUUUUGCAAUGAAAGAUGAUUAUAAUUAUAUAAAGUUAUAAUUUUAAUAUAUUAAUUUGUGACAAUAUCCCUUAAAUAUUGUGUGAAUGUUUUUGUAUUUUCGAGAUUUAUGCAAAUGUAGCUCAUUUAAUAAAUUUCCUUUCAUCA